AUGCAAAUACACAGAUCUUAUUAUUAUUAUCGAAUAUAGUAUAUAUAUUUUGGAUUCUCCCAAAAUGUCUUAUAAAUACCAAAUGUUCCGCUUGAAAAAAACAGUUCAAUUGUUCGACUUUGAGAGAUCAACAUGCGCGCUAUCUUUGCUGUUUUUGCUGUGACUUUGUUGGGAGUGGUCAGUGCCACUUCCCUUUCAAGGACCUACUUGCCUCCGGUGGCCCAAGUUCAGGUGGUCCCCCAAGUGCAGGUGGUGCCCCAAGUGCAGGUGGUUCCUCAGAUAGUGCAGCGUCCAGUGGUGCAUCCCCAGGUGGUGGUUUCACGCCCAGUCGUGGUGCCUCAACGCACUUAUCUUCCCCCUGCACCUAGAGUGGUGCCUCAAGUGAUUCAGGUGGCGCGACCGGUCCCCCAAGUAGUGACAGUUGCCCGUCCAGCUCCUCAUGUGGUAUCUGUGGCUCGUCCUGCUCCCCAAGUGAUCUCCGUAGCUCGUCCAGUGCCGCAAGUGGUUACCGUGGCUCGUCCUGCCCCCCAGGUGAUCUCCCUCCCGGUGCCGCGCAACACCUAUCUGCCACCCGCCGUGGUCUCUGCCCCACGCAACACCUAUCUGCCACCCGUCGUGGUCUCUGCCCCACGCAACACCUACCUGCCACCCCAGUGAGCAGCUGCAUCAUCAUCGAAAAAUCUAAACAAGCUGCUCAACAGGUUUGUGGUUUAACCCACGCCGCCAACUAUAUUCAAAUGCUAAUUUCCGAUGGAUGAGAAGAAAUGCAAAAAUACUUUUUAUGGGUUUAUUUGCAUGUCUGACUCUACUCCAUUUGCAUAUUCCAGAAUCAGAGAAGAAUAGGUUGAAAAAUAAACAAUAAACGUAGCGCAGAUAGAUAAACAAA